AGCACUGUCUGUGUAUUGUCAGCACUCCCUCUUCCACUGGCUUCCUGUUCUGCAUAACAAGCUGUAAGGACAUCAUCUGCUACCUUAUUCCUAUUAGAAUUGUUCUUUUCCCACCGUUUCCGCCUUUACCCCAUCCUGGGGACCUCAGAAGUCACCUGGCCAACCUUUAAUUCCCGCUGCCCCCCUCCUUCUGCUUACUCCCCCACUUCAACCACUGCUACUGGAAUGUGGUCCAAAAUAGCCACAUAGCAUCACCGUGUGUGGAGGAGGCGCAGCCGUGGGACUGGCUUGUUGCAUUGCAGGCACGGAAUGGUAUUUAUGAGCCGGCAUUUCUUGUACAAUUGCAGUGAACCUACCCUGGAUGUGAAGAUUGCCUUUUGUCAGGGAUUUGGUAAUCAAGUGGAUGUGUCAUAUAUUGCCAAACAUUACAACAUGAGUAAAAGCAAAGUUGACAACCAGUUCUACAGCGUGGAAGUAGGAGACUCAACCUUCACAGUACUCAAGCGCUACCAGAAUCUCAAGCCCAUAGGCUCUGGGGCUCAGGGAAUUGUUUGUGCCGCCUACGAUGCUGUUCUUGAUAGAAAUGUGGCAAUUAAGAAACUCAGCAGACCAUUCCAGAAUCAGACACAUGCCAAGCGGGCAUACCGGGAACUGGUCCUAAUGAAGUGUGUAAAUCAUAAAAAUAUUAUCAAUUUAUUAAAUGUCUUCACACCACAGAAAUCUCUUGAGGAGUUCCAGGAUGUUUACCUAGUAAUGGAAUUGAUGGAUGCCAACUUGUGCCAGGUGAUUCAGAUGGAACUGGAUCAUGAACGAAUGUCUUACCUGCUGUACCAAAUGCUAUGUGGCAUUAAGCACCUCCAUUCUGCUGGAAUCAUUCACAGGGACCUGAAACCUAGUAACAUUGUUGUGAAGUCAGACUGCACAUUGAAGAUUCUUGACUUUGGAUUGGCAAGGACCGCGGGCACUAGCUUCAUGAUGACCCCUUAUGUAGUAACUCGUUAUUACAGAGCCCCAGAAGUCAUCCUUGGAAUGGGUUAUAAAGAGAAUGUGGAUAUUUGGUCUGUGGGAUGCAUUAUGGGAGAAAUGGUCCGUCACAAGAUCCUCUUUCCAGGAAGGGACUAUAUUGACCAGUGGAAUAAAGUGAUAGAGCAGCUUGGAACACCCUGCCCAGAAUUCAUGAAGAAGCUUCAACCAACGGUUCGAAACUACGUGGAGAACAGACCUAAAUAUGCUGGACUCACUUUCCCCAAACUUUUCCCUGACUCUUUAUUUCCAGCAGAUUCUGAGCAUAACAAACUCAAAGCCAGUCAAGCUAGAGAUCUUUUAUCAAAGAUGCUUGUCAUUGAUCCAGCCAAGAGAAUAUCAGUGGAUGAAGCUCUACAGCAUCCCUAUAUAAAUGUUUGGUAUGACCCUGCUGAGGUUGACGCGCCUCAGGAACCUGUGAGGGAGAGGUGGAAUGGACAACCAGUGAAAACACAGAAUAAGCCUCCUCCUCAGAUUUAUGACAAGCAACUGGAUGAAAGAGAACAUACCAUUGAAGAAUGGAAAGAGCUCAUCUACAAAGAAGUAAUGAACUUUGAAGAGAAGACUAAGAAUGGUGUAGUAAAAGGUCAACCUUCUCCUUCAGCACAGGUGCAGCAGUGAACAGCAGUGAGAGUCUCCCACCCUCCUCAUCUGUCAACGAUAUCUCCUCUAUGUCCACCGAUCAGACACUGGCAUCCGACACAGACAGCAGUCUAGAAGCUUCUGCCGGACCUCUUGGUUGUUGCAGGUGACUAGCCGCCUGCUUGAGAAACCCCACCUUCUUUAGAAGAUAAUGCGAUUGGGAGAAAAAAAAAAAAAAGAUCAACAUAUCUAUAUAUUUGCAAGAAA